GCAGCAUCGCCCAAAAAGCGGAGCUCGAGGGGCUCGAAGGCGAAGGCCGCGAAGGCCCCUUUGGAGCCGCAAAGUGAGUGGUUCUGCCGAGUUCGGCCGCACGAUGAUGAGGAGGAUGCAAAGCGGAAGAAGCGCCCCAAGGGCAAAAGCUCCAGGAAGUCCAAGACGACCUCACCAUCUUCGGACUCGGAAUCCUCGGACAGCUCUUCAAGUAGCCGCUCUGCCUCUUCUGCGACGCCGCAGACACGGGCUCUGGAACAGAUGUACGAUGGACUCGGAAAGUCUGACGAGGACAGCGCCGCAUGA